AUGUCUUACAACAAUAGAUCAGGUCGAACCUCAGGUUCUGGGAACCCCUUUUCAAGUUCUGAAAACCCCUUUUCAGGAAGACCACUCCGCAGAUCAAAUACUUCUACCGGAACAUACGGUAGCACAUACGGUAGCACAUAUGGUAGCAGUGGUACUACUCGGAACAAUACUCGUGGAUAUCCUGGAAGUUCCCAGCGUAGUACUUAUGGAACCUCCUACGAUACUUCUGGUCCAUCUCGCAGUAGUUCAAGAACAACCUCUAAUUCCCAAGAAGACUUUCCUAGUUACUUAUUUGAAGACGGGUCAGACUCUGGAACCACGAGAACCCCCCGGCCAAACGACGAAGGCCUCCCUUUCCCAGACUACUUAUUUGAAGACGACUUCUACGCCUCCAGAGGGACUUCUAGAAGAGGGCCAACAUCACGCAGCCAGCUUUCCGGGCAAUCUCAGCGCAGUUAUAGACCCACCCGUACAGCUUCUGCUGGAACUCCCUUUUCGGGAUCCCAACGAACGGGAGGUUAUUCAAGUAGACAAAGUGCCACCCGAAGCUCCAGCAAGACUGCAGGCUAUGGCAGCAGAACGCAGGGCACCACUUACGGACAAUCAACGAGUUCAGACAGCCCAGGGUACUCUGUAG